AUGAAGGGUUCCCCGAACGGAGGUGCCAGUUUCCAGUGCACUCACCCACUCAGCCAGAAAGCAUCCACUUACUCUACCCCUCACAGACAAGGCCCAUCCCCCCCGCACUGUGCUCCCAAAGAUGGGCACCCAAAGGGAGAACGCCCAACCACACCCGCCAUCAGCUGCAGCACAGGCAACAUGGACUUUAUGAACGUCCCCGGACCGGGCAUAAAGCAGCGGAUGGCGCAGCAUCAGACAGCAUGCCUCCUCAGCCCCCAAACCCCAGCCUACCCCUGUGCCCACGCGCUGCAGAGCUCUGUACCAGUACAUUUGGUCAGGGAAACCGAUGAGAUCAGCUUCGAAGUCAAUGCCGUCUUUGAACUGCUCAAGAAGCGCUCUGCAGCGCGGUGCCACAGGGGUGAGGGCUGGGGUUUGGGGGCUGGAGGAGGCCCUCUGUGGCUGCUUCUGCGCUUCCUCUGA